UAAAAUGGCUCUCUAAAAGGACAUAAAAUAUUUAAUGUAUGCAAUAGUAAUUAAAUCGCAAAGCAGCAUUUUUUAUUUUUUGAAAUAAUUGAUUAAAACGUUCACAUUUAAAAGGAAAGGUAAUCAUGAGCUCAUCAGAUGAAGAUCAGAAUAUAAGCUACGAUGGUGAUAGCUCCGACAGCGAUGUUCAAAUGAUAGAAGAAUAUUUCGAUGGAAAACCCUUAAAACCGUGGGAAGAUCUUCCUCCGCUUACUCUAGAGAAAAUUUAUUCCUAUCUGAGUAGAAAUGAUCAAUGUCGAAUGUCCCUAGUUUGCAGCAAAUGGGCAAAAGAAUUCAGUUCCCCCAGCGUGUGGAGAAACGUCAGAUUUUUCCUUCCUGAGUAUGAAUAUAAUGCAGAAAUCUAUCCAGAAGUAAAAUUUGCUAGGAGGUAUGGACAUAUGUUUCGCCACAUCGAGAUAAUCUGCAAAAGAGUUAGAACCCAUCUCCUAGGUAUCAUAUGGAAGCAAUUGAAAUUCUUCUUACAAUGCUUAACGUUCACUGUGCACUUAAAUUCAGUCUCAUUUACAAACAUGGGUAAUUAUUUCCGCCAUCUAGACGAUUAUAUACACGAUGAUAUAUUCAGAGAUAUUGUAAAUUUUCUGUCUGCGCAACGCAACUUGAAGACAGUGAAGUUUUUUAACAGCCAUUUUGAUAACUUUGAAGCAGCAGAAAUUCUGAAAGCUCUGUGUGAAAAUAACUGUGGAAAAUUGAAUUGUAUUCUCCUAAAAGGAUUUGUGCGGGAUUCUCCGGUAAAUCAGAUAGAAAACCACGAAAUUGACUUGUCUUUCAUGUAUGACACUCUUUUGAAUUUGUAUCAAUUCGAAACAGAUUACAGCCAGAUAUUUGAGCGAAUAAUUCAUGCAUUUUCAGAUCGUUUAGAUUCAUUAGGCUGGUCAAGAAUUAAUAAUACGAAAGGAGUUUUGACCAGUAUCAAGAUGAAUUGCGAAGGUUCUAGACGUGCUCAGUUCAAAGGAAUUUCAUCUUCUAUUUGGAAACAGAUGCGAAAAAUAUUCCCACAACUUAAAAUAGACAUGCACUUAAAUGCUGGAGGUCAUCCACAAAAUGCCGCUGAGUUCUUUAUACGGCGAGAUAUUCCUCUAAGAAGUCUAGAUUUCAGACAUGAAAAAUAUCAUGCUCCAAACGAUGUAGACAUUUCCUUUCUUUUCCACCACAUUACAGCAAGCGGUAGUAAUAAAACUCUUGAGGAACUGAGCAUUGUUUGGAUCUUUCCGUCAAUGAAUCUAGCAAGUGAAAUUAUACCCUUUCUUUUAGAAUGUCCUAAGUUAAAAAUUCUUCAGCUUUAUAUUAGUCGUCCGGUGGUAAAUCUUCCGAACAUUUUCAACUCGUGGGAACAAAAUCGCCCAAAAUCUUUGGAAACUGUUUACUUGACUAUAGCUAAUAUCCAAGAUCCAGAAGAAGCAUCCGCGUUAUCAGGAAUUGCAGAUGAUUACGCUCCGCUUCUUCAAGUAAUAGGUUUAAAUCUGUUUUUGAUCGCUGAAGUUGAAAUAAGACCACUGAGGCGUUGAAGCAUUAUACUUUAAUAAUAUUUACAUAUAAAGCCGCAGUUUCUUGAUUUUUAGUUACUGUAAGAAUUUAAUUGAAAAUAGGUUUCUGUACAUAAUUAAAUACAACUUAUUUAUUGUAGAAUAUACAUUUUAAAAUCAUUGAGUUCUUUUUUAAUAGUAAAAAUAGUGGCACAAAAGCGCUUAACGUUAAAUCUUAAUCAUUACGGAAGACUGUACUUCUAGAGGUAUUAAAUUUCAUGCAGUACUUUUAACUAGAAGGACUGUAUUUAAUCAAGAUUGAAAGAAUAUGGAAAUAAACAUGAAAAUUGGAAAAAAGAAUUGACAUUUAUGAAGUUUAGAUACAUAACAAUAUUUUCUACGUGAAACCGAGUGACCGAGUGGUUAAAAUUACUGAAUGAUGUGAGUUCGAUUCGGACUCUAUCCUAGACGAUGAGCUGGCUACAUGGUUAAUUUUUGCUGUUUUCCCCAUAUGUAAU